AAUGGUGUUUGUAUUGGGAUUAUAUAUCUUUAGGAGAAAUUUCUCAUGCAUGACUUCAUCGGUUUAUUUUAUGGAUUGUUUGUUUUCCUCUAUACUGCUGAAAUUGCCUGCUAAUGAUUAUUCUGUUAAUUUCCUUUUUUCUCAGGAGAGACAAGUGAAAGAGAUUGUCUUAAAGGCAAUGGGCCAGGCUAUAAACAAAACUGUGGCUAUUGCAGAAAUCAUUAAGAGAAGAGUUCCUCGACUGCAUCAGGACACUGCCAUCAGCUCAGUCAGCAUAACUGAUACAUUUGAACCCAUUGAAGAGGGCCUUCAGAUUGUGGAGCAGACUCGCCAUGUGUCCAUGAUUUCAAUUACCUUGUCGACUAAAGAGCUUAACCAGAACUCUCCUGGGUAAUUUCUGUUUGAUUGUAUUUUAGACCCUCUAUACCAAUUAGGAGCGAGCGAAAUAACAAUUAAUGUUACACACCCUUAG